AGAGAGGGAGGGAAGAGUGUCCAAGCGCUUGGCCUGUCCUUCUCUUCCUUCACCUUGCAGAGGCUGGAAGAUGGCAGCCCCCGGACUGGGGAGAUCUUCAGGCAGACCUACAGCAAGUUUGACAUAAACUUGCAGAACGAUGAUGCACUGCUCAAGAACUACGGGCUGCUCUACUGCUUCCGGAAGGACAUGGACAAGGUUGAGACAUUCCUGCGCAUUGUGCAGUGUCGCUCUGUGGAGGGCAGCUGUGGCCUCUAGCUGCCGCGUGGCAUCCCUGUGACCCCUCCCCAGUGCCUCUGUUGGCCCUGGAAGGUGGCACUCCAGUGUCCGUCAGCCCUGUCCUAAUAAAACUAAGUUGCAUCAU